CAACAAACAUAAAUACACGCACUCAGAAAGAUCAAAACACACACAUUCACAAAUAGCUACAGAGUGAAUAAUGGCAACUCUUAAAGUCCCUUCAAGUGUUCCUCCUGCAGAAGAGGAUUCUGAGCAACUAAGAAAAGCUUUUGCAGGAUGGAGAACAAUGAGGCACUGAUUAUCCAGAUCCUGGCUCACAGGAAUGCAGCACAACUCAAGUUGAUUCGGGAAACAUAUGCUGCAACUUAUGGAGAAGAUCUUCUAAAAGACUUGGACAGUGAACUUUGGAGUGACUUUCAGCGUGCAUUACUGCUGUGGACGUUGGAUCCGACCGAGAGAGAUGCAUACUUGGUUAAUGAGGCUAAUAAACGAUUGACUUCUAGCAAUUGGGUCAUCAUGGAAAUUGCAUGCACCAGGUCCUCCAAUGAUCUCUUUUUGGUGAGGAAGGAAUAUCAUGCUCGUUAUAAAAGAUCUCUUGAAGAAGAUGUCGCAUAUCACACAACUGGUGAUUACCGUAAGCUUUUGGUUCCUCUCGUAAGUGCAUUCAGGUAUGAAGGAGAUGAGGUGAACAUGAUGUUGGCAAAAUCCGAGGCUAAGAUACUACAUGAGAAGAUCUGUGACAAGGCCUACAAUCAUGAGGAAGUAAUUAGAAUUCUCACAACAAGGAGCAAAGCACAGAUCAAUGCGACGCUUAACCAAUACAACAGUCAAUUUGGAAAUGCUAUCAAUAAGGAUCUGAAAUCUGAUCCCAAGGAUGACUAUCUCAGCUUACUAAGAGCAACAAUAAAGUGCCUGACCCGUCCUGAGAAAUAUUUUGAGAAAACUCUUCGUUUAGCCAUCAACAAGCUGGGCAAAGAUGAAUGGGCUCUCACUCGUGUUGUUGUUACGCAAGCUGAGGUUAAUAUGCAGUGUAUCAAAGAAGAAUAUCAUAAAAGGAACAGUGUACCUCUGGAGCGCGCUAUUGCUGGAGACACUUCUGGAGACUACGAGAAUUUGCUUCUUGCCUUGAUAGGUCAUGAGGAUGCUUGAGUGACUGUGCUUACUCCUUUUUGACAGCUUUCCUAUAUAUAUUAAACACAUAUCUUGAAUUUGCAGUUUAUUUUCUUGUUGUGUGCUUGUAGACUAUCGAUGUUCCAGUCAGACAUCAUAGCCCAAGUUACUUGUCCUUUUACUUUUUAUGCAUUAAUAUGUCUACUGGUGAGUCGAGCUUCCUUUGCAAUGUGCAAUAUUUGGUUAAUUUUUCAGUGAGAUUUGGAUUGUUA